AUCGCUUCGCCAUGUUAUCGAGGAGAACCUUCAUAGAUCCGGUGGUGAUCGUCAGGGAGAAAACGACCAGCUAGGUGAUUUAGACAGCCGUCACUAGUUAAAACCUCGAUCAGUUCACUCCAUAGCUUUAUAAACAGUAGCAUCGGCCGGCGGGGCAGCUGGCCAAAAGCGUUUUAGAUUUUUUCGUAUUGAUCAGAAGGCCAAAGCGGCUGCCAUGGAUUUUUAAGGCAUAAUGCGGCGCAUCUAAUGCAAUGGCAAUGCAUCGUGCAAGGCAAAACCAACCGCGAGAUUCCAUCUUCGCAACUGCUAAGCAGUUGGGCUCAAAUACCGUCCGCGGUAUACCAGAGAGCCAGCCGGUACCUCUGCUGCUGGACCGGAGGAAGCUAACGUUAGCUAGCUAGUCACCUUAGCUAACGAGGCGACUGAAAACAAAGUGUUUCAUCGAUUCAUCGUCAACACCGUCAAUCAAAAAUGAAGCCUCAAGACAUAAUCGCAGGGAAGAGCAGCCUGUGGAUCUUCGGGUACGGGUCACUGGUGUGGAAGCCUGACUUCAAGUACAAGAGGAGCAAGGUCGGCUAUAUUGAAGGCUACAAGAGGCGUUUCUGGCACGGAGAUAACUUCCACCGUGGGAAUGACGAGUUGCCCGGAAGAGUGGUGACGCUGAUAGAGGAUGAUGACGCCAGCACAUGGGGCGUGGCGUUCGAGGUGACAGGUUCUCAGGUGGAGGAGUCCCUGAAGUACCUGAAUGUGCGCGAGACGGUCUGCGGCGGAUACGUCACCAAAAUGGUCGACUUCUUCCCCGAGGGUGAAGGCCAGUCUCCGGUUCAGGCUCUGGUGUACAUCGCCACCUGUGAUAACCCCCUCUACCUGGGGCCGGCCAGUCCAGAGGAGAUCGGUGCCCAGAUCGCCAUGUGCAGAGGGAAGACGGGCCACAACCUGGAGUACCUGCUCCGGCUGGCUGAGUUCAUGAGGAGCAGCUGCCCGCACGUGGAGGACCUCCACCUGUUCUCCAUCGAGGCAGCAGCCCUGACCAUGGUGUCCUAUCUGUUAGCAGCACAGUAGCUCGUACCCUUCAUUAAAUACACUACACAACACUGAGGCUGGUCACCAUACAUGCCUCCGAUCACAGCUGAGGCACUUUUGUUAUGAAACCUGUUCCAUUCACAUUACCAGAGUGUAUUUUAAUCUGAAUGCUACUGAGGGUUGCAUGUCAAUGAGCUGUUUUCUUUCCUGUUAAGUACAUCCUGGUCUGUGUCUGUACAUCGUUAAAUGGUUAGAACACUACAUUGUCCUCUCCUGGAAACCUCAGUUUGGUUUUAUUUUAGCGAUACAUUAGUUUUUAUUUGUACUGUUCAGAUUCCGUCCAGUCCAUUCACAUGGUGCUGUGGUACUCAAACAUAUGUGCAAUUUGCUGUGAUGUGUAUGAAAAGAAAAAUGGUUUAUUUUUUUUAAGCUUUGUGGCAACUUCUCCAUUCAUUGUGAAAGUUAUGCCAAUAAAAAAAGGUCAAAUGA